CGCGCGGGGAUCAACCGCUAAAUUGGCGUGUGUUGUUGAUACGUCGUAUACGCACGACGUUUGCGUGUAAUAACGGGCAGCUCCACGGAGCUGUCAAUCUCCGGGGAGCCGCGAUGUUGUUUCCCUCGACUCCGCGGCGUUGCGACGAUCCCACGCUCUUUAUCGCGGGCAAUUCGCGCGAUAAGCCAGAGGCGAUUGCGUUCACAUAGCUAUCAACGCGCUCGUUGUGCGGAUUUAUCUCUAAUCAAGAGAAGGUUUCGCAAGCUGCACCCGCAGAACGAGCGCCCGUCGCUCCCUCGCUUCGCAAUUAGAUCCCGCACUUUCGCUCGACAUAUGGGUGCUCCAAUCGUUCCUCCCCCGGCAACGAGCUCCUCGAUCGGCCGUGUCAUCAUCUCGUUGAACGAGCGUCGAAACGAAACAGUAAUCUACGAUCUUCUCUAUUUCUCACAGGAAUGUCGUGGCACGCGGCGGAGUGACGGGAUCAUCAGGAAUAUGUGAGCCCGCACCGGAUUGUUGGAGAGCAACAUGAGUCUGCAUCGCACAAUUGUCUGACUGGGAUCUUAUACUCCUCUUUUCGAGUUAUCGUGUACAUCCGUUGGCGCACAAUUACGCGCACAAAUGCCAGGAUGCUGGGCGGCGCUGCCAAUAUGGAGCUGAACAAUGUCGGGAGCAACAAGGGCACCGUACACCUCGCGCUGUCAUUCCGAAAGCUGUGCCUGGCGACAGUCGGCUUACCACUUGUAUCGCUGUUGUUCUGCUUUGUCACGGCGUACAUAUUUCAACAGGACGAUAUUCACGAAACUCACUGUAGGGUCUACAAUAUUCUUCCAUCGAUCUCAGCCAUUACCGGUGUAUCUCCACAGAGGUAUCUAUGGCGUAUCAGCAUAGCAUUACACAUUGGUCCUAGACUGGUUAUCGCCAGUGUUUAUCACUCAUAUUAUUACAAGAUACUUAAGAACAUUGAAGAUGUGCCUCUAAAAAUUAUGGGGAGCAGGCUCCUAAACCUAUGCUACUGGCUAAACAUUGCCGAGGUAGCGGCUCUGUCUGGUGUAACGUACAUUUCUAACAGAGAAAAUUACUCGGUGCACGAAAAAAUUUUCAUAGUGUUCAUGGUUAGCUCGCUCACAUACAUGUUGACCGCCGUGAGAUUGGGUCGUCUAAUAACUCCAAAUGCACAAAGUCUUCAGUACAAACAACUGCUUUUCAUGACGAGUCUCGUCAGUACAAUCGGUCUUAUUAUUUUCUUCUUGAAACAUCGACUGCUGUGUCACGACAUGGCGUUUACUUGGUUUUCACUAUGUGAGUACGUGAUAGCCUUUGCAAAUAUGGGCUUUCACAUCACUGUGGUUUGGGACUUUCCAAAAGAACAACUGGUCGUAGGUCACGGUUUACCCGCCGUGAAAAUGGAUUAACCUUUUAGGAUAACUCGUCAUUCUCAUCGUCAUAUUAAAGUGCCUAUUGCCUCUGCAUGGAAGUGCUACAAAUCGCGGUUUUUAAGGGGUGAAAGUUCGGCACGUCACGUGAUAUACAAUUUCACGAUUGUCUCGGUUUUAUGAUAUUUAACGAUUAUUACAUUGCGUUUCCACUCUCGAGAUGUGUAAUAUAAUUUACUUCGCGACAUUUAAGAGAUCGACACCAUUUUUAUCUUUACUUUUUAUAUUCGCUCGCAAAUAUCGACCAUUCGACCAAUAAUUCCGAGUGUAAAAGGUAAUGUAUAUGAUUCGAAAAGAGUGAAGAUACGGAAUAUCUAGCGCUUCCAAAGUGUGGCACUGGUUACUUUCAAAGCGAUGAAAUAUGUAACGGCCUUUUAAUAUCGUUUUAGUGAUAGAUUAUGAAUCAUAGUGAAUAAUAGUUGGAAGAAGUAUCCUACAUACAAACAGCAUUUAUUGUUAAGCGUAAAUUGAAUAUUAUUACUCGCAUCUUAUGAGAUUACUUGUGAAGACUUUUGAACCUUCUUUUAUAGAGAGACUUUUGCAAGGUGAGAACUCUAGUCGAAUAUAUUAAUUCUAGUCGCGAUCUUUUAUUCGCUUUAUGAUACUCCUAUUUUAUCGAAUAAGUUGAAAUUAGAAUGUAAGAUGUACAUUUAUGUCGAACGAACUUUGAGAUAUUAUAAUCGUAAGUUCAUUAAAUGGACAUAUACAAUUUUGGGAUUAUUGCAAAGACAUUGUACAGUUGUGUCUUGUUGGCAAAUCUUGCAAUGAAAAUCGUAUAUAUAUAUAUAUAUAAUAUAUAUGUUACUACUCUCAUUCACCUUGUAAGAGAUUAAUUCAUCUUGCAUAGAUUUUGAGAUAAUAAAUUCAGCUAAUAUUUA